UGAUGUAAACAUUUCAAUCCCCCUAUUGUUCGAUAAGAGAACUAAACACUGUAAACGAGCUAUGUCCGACGGUUCGAAGAUGAAAUCGUUAGAAUUCGAGAAAUUAGAAUUAAGUGAUGGAAUUUUGACAGAAGAAGAAUUACAAGAAUAUGAAGCUUUAAAUCUAGCAAUGGAUCAGCUUAAUUCUUGCUUAGAUGUUCUGGAACAACAGAAUAAUUCAUUAAAUGCUGAAUUGCGCCAGUUUAUAGAGACACACAAGAAAGAAGAAAGCGAAAGAAAGGAUUCGUGUGAAACAUCUGAAACCAAAUAAUGUAGUUAAUUUUUGGAAUUUUUAAUCAUAUUAAAAAAUCUGAAGUUAUAAAUUUAAAUUUUAAAAAUUAUUACAUGUUUAAAAAUAUUUUCAUUGACUGUUAUAUAUCAUGGAAUUAUAAAUCAACUAU